AUGUCUAGCUCAAGCACGAUUCUCCACCUUCCAGACACCUUAGCAAAUUGGCCUUGGCCACGAGCGAUAAACCUGUACUAUGAAGAGGUGAAAGCUGAGUCUCGUGCUUGGUUCCACAGCUUCAAGGCAUUCUCUGCGAAGUCUCAAUAUGCAUUCGACAAAUGCGACUUCGAGCACUUACGCACAGGGAGUGAUCUCAUGAAUCUGCUCUUCGCCAUCGACGAAUAUACCGACGUGGAACCUGCACCGGUGGUUCGAAACAUGAUGGACAUCGUUAUCGAUGCGAUGAAGGACCCUCACAAACCUCGACCAGAAGGGGAAGUUAUUCUCGGCGAGAUCGCUCGGCAAUUUUGGGAGUUAGCGAUUAAAAGUGCGACUCCGACUGCUCAGCGUCAUAUGAUUGAAAGCCUUGCAAUAAACCUCGACGCGGUCGUGCAACAGGCAGAUGACCGUGACAACGACUCGUACCGUUCAAUAGCUUCUUACCUUGCAAACCGUCGCGAGAACAUUGGUGCUAAGCCAGCGUAUGUGCCGCUGGAACUUGGACUCGAUCUCCCUGACGAGGUUUUCUAUCACCCUGUUAUCGUCGAGCUGUCGGAUUAUGUCGCAGAUUUAAUAGGACUGGACAAUGAUAUUGCUUCCUACAACAAGGAGCAGGCUACUGAUGACGACAGGCACAAUAUUGUCACUGUGGUAAUGCACGAGCUAAAGGUAGACCUGGACGCUGCUAUGCAAUGGGUCUUGAACUAUCAUCGAGAAACCGAGGCGAAGAUCCUGGAUGCCAUUGAGCGCGUACCUUCCUGGAGGUCUGACAUUGAUCGUCAAGUUAGGCAAUACAUCGACGGUCUUGUCCACUGGCCACGAGGCAAUGAUUGCUGGAACUUCGAGAGUGGAAGGUAUUUUGGUAACAAAGGCCCCGAGAUCCAAAAGUCUCGCCAGGUAGCGCUACUUCCGAAGGCUAGAAUCUCUACGAAGGAUGGUUCACUGAAGCGCGAAGACGUCAUCGUCCCGCUUAUAGAGUCUCUGGGGGGUUGA